AUGGAAGCCAAAGCUGAUGGAACUCUCGAUCAAUUUCUCCAUGGAGAAACUGACCCCGAUGAUGUCCUCGGUCAUUUGGCAACUCAACCUCAUCAGAUGGACCAGAUUGGGUCGCCUCUGGUGGUUGUCCAAAUGACCAAAUUCACUUGUGGUGGCAUGGCGGUUGGCCUCCGCGUCUCGCACAGAAUCGCCGACAUGCACACUAUAUCAUCCUUCCUGAGCAUGUGGGCGAUGGCAUGUCGUGGAAGCAUUCAGAAGGCUAACCAUCCGUGCUUCGAUGUAUCAUCCAUUUUACCGCCAAGAGACUUGCCCAAGCUCGAGCCUCCUGCCAAACUAAUGCUAGGUGCGAAAUAUGUCGUGAAAAGAUUCGUGUUCGACAACCAAUCUAUCUUGAAACUCAAAGCCAUCGCAAGGAGCGGAGGCUUCAAUUCCAAAAGGGAACCCUCUCGUGUGGAACUGGUCACAGCGCUCGUUUCCAUUGCUCUCUUGAAAAUUGCCAAGCUGAGAAAUGGUCAAUCCAAGCCGUUCUUCAUUUCACACACGGUGAACUUGCGCGGAAGGACAGAUCUCCUAUGGCACGAUAAUUUGGGCGGCAAUGUCUACACAAUGGUGAACGGGAAGUCCACAGCCGAGGUGACCGAGCUUGGGCUACAUGGCUUGGUGGGUUUGGUGCGAGAUGCAAUAACAACCUUGCUUGCUAAAUUACCAAAUGCGAUCGACGGGGAGGAUUUGGGCGACAUGGUGACGAACUCGGUGGGACAGUUUCAAGAGGAACUGCGAAAAGGCGACACCGACGUGCUCAUUUUCACCAGCUGGUGUCGGUUUCCGCUGUACCAAGUAAAUUUGGGUUGGGGUGAACCUGAGUUUGUGAGUAGCUUAUGCACUUCGUUUGACUCGGUCAUGUUGAUGGAUCACAAGAAAGGUGGUGAUUAUAAUGGAGUUGAGGCGUGGGUGAGCCUGACUGAAGAAGACAUGGAUCUUUUCCGUCAACAAGAUGACAUUUUAGAAUAUGCUUCCCAUAAGUAG